GGCAGAUGGGAAUGGUGCGUCCACAAGCCAAGGAAGGGGAAGGGCUGCUGGCAGCCGCCAGCAGCUGGACAGGCAAGGAACAGACUGUCCCCAAGGAGCCACCCUGGAGCCCUAACUGUCCUCACCCCUCCCGGAGCCCACCCUCGGGGCCCACGCCUCCAUCCUGAGGUGACAGAAACACAGCGAGAAGAGCCAGGAGGGUGAGCACCGUGAGGUUCCGAGCUCGCCGGCCGGCAGCAGUGGCGCCCUCGCAGCGGCUGGCCGGGCCCCGGCGCGCCAUGCCCGCGGGCUGAGCGCCGCCGCCGCCGCCGGGCCUCCUCCCGCCUCGCGUGGGGGCCGGGCGCGUCCAGGCCGGGGCCGCGGCGGCCGACCAUGGUGCUGCCGCCCCCGGACCGGCGCCACGUGUGCCUGACCACGCUGGUGAUCAUGGGCAGCAUGGCGGUCAUGGACGCGUACCUGGUGGAGCAGAACCAGGGCCCGCGCAAGAUCGGCGUGUGCAUCAUCGUGCUGGUGGGCGACGUGUGCUUCCUGCUGGUGCUGCGCUACGUGGCCGUGUGGGUGGGCGCCGAGGUGCGCACGGCCAAGCGCGGCUACGCCAUGAUCCUCUGGUUCCUGUACAUCUUCGUGCUGGAGAUCAAGCUCUACUUCGUCUUCCAGAACUACAAGUCGGCGCGGCGCGGCGCGGCCGACCCGGUGGCGCGCAAGGCGCUGACGCUGCUGCUGUCGGUGUGCGUGCCCGGCCUCUUCCUGCUGCUCGUGGCGCUCGACCGCAUGCAGUACGUGCGCACCUUCCGCAAGCGCGAGGACCUGCGCGGCCGCCUCUUCUGGGUGGCGCUGGACCUGCUCGACCUGCUGGACAUGCAGGCCAGCCUGUGGGAGCCGCCGCGCAGCGGGCUGCCGCUCUGGGCCGAGGGCCUCACCUUCUUCUACUGCUACAUGCUGCUGCUGGUGCUGCCGUGCGUGGCGCUCAGCGAGGUCAGCAUGCAGGGCGAGCACAUCGCGCCGCAGAAGAUGAUGCUCUACCCCGUGCUCAGCCUCGCCACCGUCAACGUGGUGGCCGUGCUGGCGCGAGCCGCCAACAUGGCGCUCUUCCGCGACAGCCGCGUCUCGGCCAUCUUCGUGGGCAAGAACGUGGUGGCGCUGGCCACCAAGGCCUGCACCUUCCUGGAGUACCGCCGCCAGGUGCGCGACUUCGCGCCGCCCGCGCUCGCGCUGGAGCUGCAGCCGCCGCCGCGCAACGCGGUGCCGCCGCCGCCGCCGCUCCAGGGCGCGCCGGGCCGCCCCCGCGGGCCCUCGCCCCCGCGCGACGCCCUGGGCACGUGACCCGGCCCCCGCCACCCGCGUGGGGGGGGCGGGGUGGGGGCGGGUCCCCCACGCGGCCAGGGUUGCCUCGUGCCCCGGCCGGGGGGGCGGCGCCGCGGGCCGCUUCUUCAUCUCAGGAAUCCCUCGGACCGCGGACUCGCAGCCCAGCUCGCCCAGCCUGCCCCCAGCGCCCCCAGCGCCCCUGGGGGAACGGGGUGCUGGCUGGGAAGGGAGGACAGAGUGGGCGGAGGUCCGGUCCCUUGGGGUCCCUUGGUGGGGGCCUCUGGCUCAGAGUUUGGGGCCACGGAGGCCUCUGUCCUUUUAAAGACUCGUGUUUACAGUUUUGUAUCCAAAACCGCACUGCCCUGCCUGUU